CGCUGCUGCUGCCCCUCUUGCUCCUGUCUCUGCGCGCGCAGCUCGCCGUCGGGAGCCAGGCCGGUGGGAGCCCCGGCGCGGCCGAGGCUCCGGGGUCGGCCCAGGUGGCAGGACUAUGUGGGCUCCCAACGCUUCACCGGGACCUGCGCACCGGCCGCUGGGAACCAGACCCACAGCGCUCAAGACGCUGUCUCCGGGACCCGCAGCGCGUGCUGGAGUACUGCAGACAGAUGUAUCCGGAGCUGCACAUUACGCGAGUGGAGCAGGCGGAACAGGCGCUGCCCAUGGAGCGCUGGUGUGGGGGCACCCGCAGUGGCCGCUGUGCCCACCCCCACCACCAGGUGGCGCACUUCCGCUGCCUGCCUGGGGAAUUUGUGAGCGAGGCUCUACUGGUGCCAGAAGGCUGCCGGUUCUUGCACCAAGAACGGAUGGACCAGUGUGAGAGUUUAACCCGGAGGCAUCAGGAGGCACAGGAGGCCUGCAGCUCCCAGGGCCUCAUCCUGCAUGGCUCAGGCAUGCUUUUGCCCUGUGGGGAGGAUCGGUUCCGAGGUGUGGAAUAUGUAUGCUGUCCACCUCCAGUGACCUCCAACCCGUCUGGGACAGCAGUUGGUGACCCAUCCACGAGGUCCUGGCCCCUGGGGGGCAGAGCAGAGAAGGGUGAGGAUGAGGAAGAGGAGGAAUCCUUCCUACAGCCAGUAGAUGAUUACUUUGUGGAGCCCCCCCAGGCUGAAGAGGAAGAGGAAGAAAGAGUCCCACUCCCGAGCUCCCACGCCCCUGCUGUGAUCAACAAAGUCACUCCAACCCCGAGGCCCACUGAUGGUGUGGAUGUUUACUUCGGCAUGCCUGGGGAAAUCAGUGAGCACGAGGGGUUCCUGAGGGCCAAGAUGGACCUGGAGGAACGCAGGAUGCGGCAGAUUAAUGAGGUGAUGCGUGAAUGGGCCAUGGCAGAUAACCAGUCCAAGAACCUGCCUAAAGCUGACAGACAGGCCCUGAAUGAGCACUUCCAGUCCAUUCUGCAGACCCUGGAGGAGCAGGUGUCUGGUGAACGACAGCGCCUGGUGGAGACCCAUGCCACCCGAGUCAUUGCCCUUAUCAAUGACCAGCGCCGGGCUGCCCUGGAAGGUUUCCUGGCGGCACUGCAGGGGGAUCCGCCUCAGGCAGAGCAUGUCCUGGUGGCCUUGCGGCGCUACCUUCGUGCAGAGCAGAAGGAGCAAAGGCACACGCUGCGACACUACCAGCACGUGGCUGCUGUGGAUCCUGAGAAGGCGCAGCAGAUGCGAUUCCAGGUGCAGACCCACCUCCAGGUGAUUGAGGAAAGGAUGAAUCAGAGCCUGGGGCUGCUUGACCAGAACCCCCACCUGGCCCAGGAGCUUCAGCCCCAGAUCCAAGAACUCCUCCGUUCCGAACACCUGGGUCCCAGUGAAUUGGAAGCUGCUGCACCUGGGGGCAGCAGUGAGGACAAGGGUGGGCUGCAGCCUCCGGAUUCCAAGGAUGCAGACACCCCUGUGACCCUUCCAAAAGGGUCCACAGAACAAGACGCCGCAUCUUCUGGGAAAGAGAAGACAUCCCCUCUGGAGCAGUAUGAGCUAAAGGUGAAUGCGUCUGCCCCAAGGGGUUUUCCUUUCCACUCCUCAGAGAUUCAGAGAGAUGAGCUGGCACCAGCCGGGACAGGCGUGUCCCGCGAGGCCGUGUCAGGCCUGCUGAUCAUGGGAGCGGGCGGGGCCUCCCUCAUCGUGCUCUCCAUGCUGCUGCUGCGCAGGAAGAAGCCCUACGGGGCUAUCAGCCACGGGGUGGUGGAGGUGGACCCCAUGCUGAGCCUGGAGGAGCAGCAGCUGCGAGAACUGCAGCGGCACGGCUAUGAGAACCCCACCUACCGCUUCCUGGAGGACCGACCCUGAGGCCAGGCCUCCCCUCUGCCUGGCGCCCCACAACCCCAACUCCCAGCCUAGGGUGGGGGAGGGAGGUCUUGACAAGUUCAUUCCAACGCCUCCUUUCCGAUGUCAAAUUCCAUCCCUAAGAAACCCCGCAGGUAUCCCCCGCUGCCUCCUCACGUGGGACCUCCUCACCUUAUUUAUUUUAUAAGUUAAUUUAUUGCUCCUUAAGGUGAUCACCACAUUGGUUCCAGUGUCUGUUGUUCCCUGGAAUUCACCCUCCCACAUUCUCCCUCUAACAUCCCAAUAAAGUCCUCUUCCCCACCAGGCCA